AUGGCGGCAGCGGCGGCAGCAGAGGAGGAGGAGGAGGAGGAGACCCAUUGCGAGGAGCUAGAAUUGGAGGUGGAGGCAAGCGCGGAGGAAGGGAACGUUCAACUUGACAUCCCCUUUGUGAUGGAUCACAAAUCACUCGUUCUCUUGCUGAAGGUCAAUCAGUUGCAGUCAAGGUCAAUCUUCCCCACACAACACGGCACAAUUCAGAGGUCGAAUCAAGGACGACUGGUGCACGAAAUGCAGCCGCUGUAG